GGUUGGCUCUGCGGGGUUUUGUUGUCCCUCCGCCCGCAGAGCUGUUCUCUGGACCCGAGGCCUGUUUUCGGAAGCUCGGCCCUCGGCUGUAGUUUCCACACGGACCACCUACCACGACUGGCUCGUCGGAACCGAGGCGGCGGCGGCGGAGAGCGGCAGCGGGAGCAGCGGGGCCGCGGAGAGCAGCUGCCCGGGGAUCGGUGAGGCUGGGCUUGGGCUGAGAUACCAGGAGGAGACUCCCACCCCACGGUUGAUCUGUUUUAACCUCACAAGCCUCCAAACUACCCGGGACUUCAGGGGAACUUUCUGCAGAGCCGCCGGGAGACUGCGAGUAUGUGGUCGGAGCCACGGGUGUUGUAGGAUGAGGAGCCCGGCGCACCGCACCAGGGACAUCGAGCGCCAAGCUGGCUACCUGAAGCCCGAGCACUGUGCCCCUCCCCCGCUCCGCAACAGCUCCGACACCAUGUGGUUCAUCCGCGACGGCUGCGGCAUCGUCUGCGGCGUCAUCACCUGGCUCCUAAUCUUCUACGCCGAGUUCGUGGUGGGGUUUGUGAUGCUGCUGCCCGCCAAGAACAUUCUCUACAGCCUCUUCAACGGGGCGCUGUUCAGCAGCCUCGCCUUCCUCGCCCUCGCCUCUCACGCCAAGGCCAUGUGCACAGACCCGGGAGCCGUGCCUAAAGGAAACGCUACCAAAGAAUUCAUCGAGAGCCUGCAGCUCAAACCGGGCCAGGUGGUGUACAAGUGUCCCAAGUGCUGCAGCAUCAAGCCGGACCGAGCUCAUCACUGCAGUGUGUGUAAACGCUGCAUCAAGAAGAUGGACCACCACUGUCCCUGGGUGAACAACUGUGUCGGAGAGAGCAACCAGAAAUACUUUGUGCUCUUCACAAUGUACAUUUCACUAAUAUCCCUCCAUGCACUCAUCCUGGUGGCUUUUCAUUUUGUGCUCUGCUUUGAAGAUGACUGGACAAAGUGCAGCAACUUCUCUCCACCAGCGACGGUCAUCCUCCUCAUCCUCCUCUGCUUUGAAGCUCUCCUCUUUUUGAUCUUCACCGCCGUCAUGUUUGGGACUCAGGUUCACUCCAUCUGCAGCGAUGAGACGGGUAUCGAGCAGCUGAAGAAGGAGGAGCGACGAUGGGCCAAGAAGUCUAGAUGGAUGAAUCUGAAGGUGGUGUUUGGCCAUCCCUUCUCCGUAGCCUGGCUGAGCCCGUUUUCUAAACCCGACCACGGCAAGGCGGACAUGUACCAGUACAUAGUGUGAGAGCCGGAAACGAAGCUGAGCUCUGCUGCUGUGGAAUAAGACUGAUCGGAUCCGGGUCUCACUUCCUGUCGGCCGGACCUGAACGAGCAUGAACUCCUUUCAACCACAUACACAUUUUCUUUCAUUUCUUUCAUUUAUUGAAAUUUCAGGGUAUUCUAGUGUAGUUGUUUUUUUUGUUUUUUUAUAUUGUCACCUUCUUUACAUUUGACAGUUUCCCUCAUGGUGCUGACUGAGAUUAAUGACGUGUAGCUCAACGAAACCAACUGAGCAACUUGAAAAGGAGCACUUACUAAGAGCUGGUGACACAGAGAGAGUUCCGCCUUCCACCGAGUUCAUGUUCCUGCAUCAUUUCCUGCUUCCAAUACUAAACAAUGGGAACUUAAGUGCAGGAGUUGUUUUUUUUGCACAGAACAUCACUGUCCAGGAGUUUUUAGUUUUUUUUCGCCCGCUCUGUGAUCCUGUCCUGUUUCUUUCUGUAUUUCUCUUGAUGCAAUAGUAUUUAGCUGGAUGCUGCGGAUCAUGUUGCCUUAGAACAGUGCAUUAGUGAACGGUGGCAUCUGUUGUUUUUAAAAGAAAUGUUAUUAUUUGCCUUAAUGUGAAGGUCAGGGUGAGACACCAGUUCAUAUUGUUUUAAAUCCAGAGUAAAUGGGAAACGUAGUCUGACUUUUGGUCCGACUACUUUUACAACAUUAGAACAAUCACAUGUAAGAGCAAUAGGAAGAUGUUUUUAGUGCUGUCAGAAGAAGAGGAGAAGCAUUAGUCUCACAGUGGCCUGUUAAAGUCUUAAUCCUUAACAUUUCAGUUCUGGCAGAUUUGGCGUUCAUUUACAUUGCAACCAAACAAGCUUGUGCUGCUUUAAUUAAGAAGUGGGUCAAUAAUUAGUACAUUUUACAUGAUCAUCAGCAAAUUAGAUCUGAUUCAUGCUGCACAAGUAGUUUAACACCAUAGAAAGUUUAUAAAGAUGAACGACGAGUGUCCGCUUCCUCCUGCUAACCAGAAAUGAUGUCAAAAUAUUAUAUAUAAUAAUUUGAUUUGUGUCCAAUCCACAAACAUGGUCUUACUCAGUCAGUGCUGCUUACUUGUCAGUGCCAACUCUUUGCGACAAAUCAAUUGUUUCCUUUGAUUCCUUCCCAGUGAAAGCGGAUGAGUGUUUUGCAAGUUAAGUGCUUUUAUUGUGAAGAGUAAAUGUAAAGAGUGUCAGGAAACACAGCACAGAAUAUUUUUUUUGUUGCAGAAAUGAGUCGAAAGAAAAUAGACGUGAGACACGUUUCCUUCCACCUCGGUUCUAAGAGACAGUUGGUGUGUAUUUGCAGAAGAAUGAGAUGAUGCAAUUGAUGGAGCCCCGAUCGGAGCAGUUUUCUUUGUCUCUUCAGUGGACGUACACAUUGAAUGUUUCGUGAUUUAUUUUUGUUACACUAAGUCUUUUUUCCGUUGACCUUUGUCGCAUUUAGUUAUUAUCGUUACACAAACUUUUCCACCUCAGCCAAGCGUAAAAACAUUUAAAAAUAGCUGUUUUGUUGUAAAAGAGUUAGUAUUGAUUCAUUUCAGGACAAUCUUUAGGAUUACAACUUUAAAUUCUGAGAACUUUGUAGGUGAAGACAAUUGUUUCUACUCUGAGAGGAAACAUGUGGAACUCUCUGUGUUAAACUCCCAUCAGGCAGUUUGACCGGCGUCCUUUUGUUUAGUUGACGCGUCUGUGAAGUAAACGUCGACCUCUUCGCUUUGAUCAUCAUCAUCACUGUCACCAGCUUAGAUGGAAAAGUCAGGGAAUUGCUCUCUGAAAGCACUGAAGUGUAAUUGACACGCUCUCGUUUGACGGAAUUAGUUUAUGGAUAAUCCAGUUUGUCAUAGAUGGUAGACGUGAGCCUGACUGGAGGCAGCGGUGAAGCCUUACGGGGGGGGAAGUGUGAUACAAUUUUUUGUGGAAAACGUUUGACUGAAAGAAUGAGGCUAGAAAUGCCCGAGGAGAAUUUCCCCCGGACAGGAAACGCGCCACUUCCGAACAUUUCCACACAAACAAACAAAAAGGCCUUUGCCCAGAUGUGUCUGAACGCCUUACUUAUUACUGCAUCAUACUUUUAUAGAUGAUGAGCAGAAUCCUGAGAACAUUGAACUACAUGUUGCCAAAUUGAACCCCCUUGAUCAACGGAGGCAGUGCUGUGACCAUUUCAAGUGUAGAGCAUGCAUUGUCAGGAGUUUGACGUUUUCUUAGAUUUUUUUAAAUCACUAGGAGUUUUUUAAUCGAUGUCCAAACGUUGCUACACGGUGCACAGACACAGUAAACCAGCGUUCUUCUUCUUCUUCGACGUUCUGUGUGGUCGGGUCUGAAUUCCCCGAGGACCACGUUUCGUCUUUUCUUUGUUAAUUUUUGACUGUGGUAUGUUUAAAUGGGAAUGAAAUAAAACUAUGUGACUGCUUUAUA